UAUGUCAACACGCACGUCAGCGUACGAUUUUCACUGUUUGGUUGUGUUUAUACUGGUCGCCCCGCAGUGAAAACAGCGCAAAGGGUCGACGGAACUUUGUCAUCAUUUUUCCGAGCUGGCACGAGCGCUUGCUGGGGGAGGGUGCGCUGGGUCGAUAAAGUUGCGCUACCGCUGGUCAACGGGAAGAAGGCAUAAGGCAAAAGACAGGGUCAAGGCGCGUACGGCACCGAGCUAAACUGCACGCCGCCAGCCCGGGAGAAGGAUGAGCCGGAGGUGGACCGGACCGCUGCGGUCGGCGGCGGCACUGAUCGUUGCACUGCUCGUGUCGGCCGCCGUCGCCCGACGGCACCACCUGGAAGUGCGGGAUGAUUUCCGCCGGUACAUCUUGCUCAGCACGUUCGGGUUUUACGCCGGCGGAGUGCUCGACGUGCGGGUGUCCCACUUUCGCGUCGAUCCGGGCACGGAGGAAAACAUGUUUGGCCUUUCGUUGGACAAAACCAUGUCCGAUUCGAUGAACCCGUACCUGGACUCGCACCAAGACAAGUGCAUACUGACCGAACCGGUCGCGGUGCAGAGUAACGGACCGAUCGUGUUCUUCAAGAUGGACCUCAAGCAGAAUGUCGUGCACGUCAGCUGUUCCAAGGAUUGGCAGAACAUUCACCUGUACAAGGAUCGGAGCGGUGUGCCGGCCCUGCGGUCCAAGCGCCAAUCGUUCGCCGAGGCCAGCGACUCGAAGAUGGUGUAUAUGCAGCGGCGCCGCCGGUCCUACCACGUGCCCGAGUCGGACGAUUUUGCGCCGGGCGCGGCGGCCAUCGACGGCGGCAGUGCGGCGACCGUCUGCAGCAAGCUAACACUGCCGCUCGAAGUGAAGGCGGACGAUAUGUUCAAGUACUACAGCUUCAAUUUUGCCAUUUACGUUGCCACCAAGCAGGAGGAAGGGCUGUACAAUCUGUACUUCCACAGCUGCCCGAACUACGCGCCGAACAGCCUGUACGAGCUGAACUUUAACGUCGACAUCGAGGAGAAGAACAGUGGCAACUAUCUGUCCGCGGGCGAGAUGCCGCUGCCGGCCCUGUACUUCAUGAUGUCGGUGCUGUUCUUCCUGUCCGGUCUGUUCUGGGUGUUUAUACUGCGCAAGAGCAAGCAUCCGCUGUUCAAGAUUCACUAUCUGAUGGGGGUGCUGGUGUUUCUCAAGUCGCUGUCGCUGAUGUUCCACGCGAUCAACUUCCACUUUAUCGAGGUGCAGGGCGAGCACGUGGAAGCGUGGGCCAUACUCUACUACAUUACCCAUCUCCUCAAGGGAGCGGUGCUAAUCAUCACGAUCGUGCUGAUCGGCACCGGUUGGACGUUCAUCAAGCACAUACUGGCGGACAAGGACAAGAAGCUGUUCAUGAUCGUCAUUCCGCUGCAGGUACUGGCUAACGUGGCCGAGAUCAUCAUUGCCGAGAGCGACGAGGGCGACAAGGAGUACGGUACCUGGCGGAACAUUUUCAUGCUGGUCGAUCUGCUGUGCUGUGGCGCGAUCCUGUUCCCGGUCGUCUGGUCGAUCCGGCACCUCCAGGAGGCGGCCGGCACGGACGGCAAGGCGGCGAUCAACUUGCGCAAGCUGAAGCUGUUCCGCCAGUUCUACAUCAUGAUCGUGUGCUACAUCUACUUUACGCGCAUCAUUGUAAUUCUGCUCAAGAUUACGGUCGCAUUCCAGUACGCCUGGCUGGAUGAAAUGUUCAAGGAGAUGGCCACCUACGUGUUCUUCGUGCUGACCGGAUACAAGUUCCGGCCCGUGUCGCAGCAUCCCUACUUUUCGCUGCACGGCGAGGAUCUGGAUGACGAUGACGAUGAUGGCGAGGUCGAGAUUUUGUCGCAGUCCGGAUUGAGUGAGGGUAUCAGCAAGAUCACUAACCGCUCGCAACCGUCUGCAAAUGCUGCGUCCGGUACAACCAUGGUAGAGUCGCACGAAGAGGAACGCGAGAAUUUAAUCAGCAAGCGAGAAUCGUCUCACGAGUACGACUAAAAAAACAUUACCACCUCCUCCCACCUGGGGAAGGAAAGAAAGCUGUGGGGGUUUCCCACGUGCUCCAUUAACGUUAAUUUGCACCCUGCCCGGUAGCUGGCUGGAAGGGGUUACACACUAUUUACUUGCGUUCGGCUCGGUGUCGCGUGGCAAUGGUUGUUUGUAGAAGCAGAUGUAGAACGUUUGCAGGCUCUAGGGUAAGGUGUGAUUAGUUCCCGCGUAUGUGAUGUCAUUUCAAUCGCCCCGCCCCGAGCGCUUUUACCCGUGCACACCCCCAUCAGCAAACAAAUUCGGCCGAUAACAAUGGAAUUUAUUCAAAGAGAGCAUUCAGAGCGAGCAAACAGCUCACAAAGUUUUCUGCAAUUAGUGCAACUAGACGAACCGGAGCCAAAACUCACCCGCAAGCGAAACUUUCUGUUUUUAGCAAGGCAGCGAUUGAGACCAAUUUAACCUGGCGGUCGGUGUGAGCACUCAUCCCAGAGCAUCCUGCAGUGGCGAGGCAUCAGAUAGGUAGUAGUAAUGGUAGGAGUUAGUUGUAACAGCACAUUCACUCGCCGUGAUGGUCUAAACCGGACCGGAGGAAUCGUCUUUUUUCCAUUCCCUCCGUUGAUUGAUUUGCACCGUGCCGUGUGUGAUUUGUGGCGCCUCCGUCACGCAUGACGUCUGGUCUCGUACUUUGGGGGUAGAGCGUGUCGCGUUUGGGAUGAUUGAUUUUUUUUAAAUGAAAGGACCACGCAUACUAAUAAAUUAAUGUAGCAAAAAACAAAAAAAAAAACAAAAAAAAACAAAAAAAAACAAAGAAACACUAGAACAAAACGGAAAAUCCAUACCGUUGCGCGCGCUCUCGAGGAUAGCAAUGGAAGUGAACGUCCCUCGGCGCCCCCCCCCCCCCACUGGCGUACAACGGAGAAUGGGCAAAUGAAAUGAAGCUAAAACAAAACGACAAAGCAAGAAGGAACUAGACAUACAUUCGUAUCUGUAAACUAAAUAAAACCACCAUAAAUGAUAAAUAUAACUUAAGCGAUCCAGUUUA